CACGACAAGAUGGCGGACGAAAUACAGCAAAAUUCACCAACACCUCCACAAGACACGACUGAAAAACCACCUAACGCAACAACUAAUCACCAAGAAACGGAACCGAACUCCACCCAGAUGAUGUACGAAGACGUCCAAGCCUGUGUGAAGUCUGUUUUUGGAAAAGAUGGGAUUCCCAGUGAGACAGAAGAACAUAAUUCUGAUGAAGACACAAAUGCUAAGCAACCUCUGAAAUAUGCUGAUAUUAGAAGUAUACUUAGAGGGAUUGUCAAUCUCGUUAACCAUGAAAAACCAGCCAGAAUAUAUUCAUACAGUCUAGAUCAGUUCACCCAUGCUAGCGUAUCAGCACAAGAAUUGGCCUCUUAUCUUUCUUUACUGGACCAACAAAGAAUUAAGAAACUGACUGCUUUUAUGAAAUCUGAUUGUACACACUGGCUCUCAAAACUGUUUAGUUUUGAGAAUGCUUCAGCCUGUUUCCAUGGUCAUCAAUGGGAGGGACUUGAAAGGGUUUGUAGACUAGCUCUUCUGGCUAAAUAUCCAAAAUAUGGGACAGAGGGAUUUACAUCAUUAUACACCAGACCACCUGUGAUUUAUGUCAGUAAUGCAUGUGCGCCUGGAUUAGGACAGUACUUGUGUAGCCAGCUUGGCUUACCACAGUCAAGUAUUUGUAAAGUUCCUUGCAACACUGUAUUUGGAUCACCUCAUACUCUGGAUAUUGCAGCAUUUGAAAGAUUGUUCAAUGAUGAUGUUGCCUGUGGGAAAACACCUUUACUAUUGGUCGCUUAUGCAGGUACCCCAUUGGUAGGACACACAGAUAACCUAGGAAGACUGAGAGAACUGUGCACCCAGAAUGGACUGUGGCUUCAUAUUGAAGGUGACAAUCUUUCAGCCCUGGCAUUAAAGUCAAUACCUCCAUCUCUGAAGAGUGCCUCGUCGUGCGACAGCAUGACCCUCAACAUAGCUCAUUGGUUUGGUCUUCCUGGAGUACCUCUUUGUACAUUUUUUAGAGCUAGAGAUCCUAUCAUGGCUGAAUCUGCUGGACUGACCAGAUCUUCGUCACCAGAAAGACUGUCAAUACUUCCUCUCUGGACAAGCAUAAAGAAUAUCGGGUUGGAUAAGAUGAGGGAGAUGAUAUUACAUGCUGCACACCUGUCUCAGCAAUUAUGUCUUGGCAUAGACAGCAUCCCAAGCAUGAGGAGAAUAGCUCAGCCUCACUGUACCUCCCUCGGAGUUGUAUUCAGAUACAGAGCAUCUUCUUCGUCAUCGUCAAAUAAACCAGAAGACAGUCCAGAACAAAGUGGAGGAGAUGACGACCAGGAUGAACCAGAGUCUCCACAACAUUCAUCUAGCUCAGAAAAUGAAGAGAUUCCUCAGUCUGUAAGAGACGCCAUGAACACUAAGCUUGCCGACUACCUUGCAGAGGCAGCACCUAACGUGGUGCUUGAUAUCAUUGAUAUUCCUAAGGAGGGAUGCUUCUUGAAGUUUACUCCCAUCUUAUCAGCAAGAGUGACAGGAACAACUUCAGACCACAUAGACGAUUUUAUUAUCUCUCUAAAAAAGAAAGUUGCUAGUAUGGAUAGUAUUCUCGUUGCUCAAUCAGCCAUCAAAACAGCACUUGAAGACAAGAAUCAUGUAAUCAUGGUGGACUCAACUGAUCCAAUGAUAGCUGGCUCACUACUGUGCUUCCCUCCAUACUGGGCCCUCAAGACCACAGAAAAACUGAGUGAGGCCAAGAAGAUGGAAUUGAACAGUCUGAACAAAGAGGUCCUCCAAAAAAUAGCAGAAUAUCAUGAGGGUGUGUUCUCUCUUGGAUCAACAACAGAUGGUCUUGCUUGUAUCAAUGUACACCAGGGAUCUCAUCCUAACAUGUAUGGUGACUUUGUCGAGCUGGUCAGCAAAACCUGUGUGGAACUAGCAGACUCCAGUAAGUUUCUUGAACAAAUGCAAGAUAUGGUAAGGAAAGGGAUUGAGGCAGCUGAGGAAGACUUACACAAAGAUGCUGAAGAUAAACUCUUGGAGGAGGGUGUAAUACGACUGGUCCCAAUAGUUGGAUCACUAUACAAUUGGUGGUCCCCACCACCCAAAGAUUCUGGAGUCAAGGGAAGGUCCUUUAAUCUGUCUUCAGGUCAUCUUGAAACAACAGACAAAAUCUACAAAUAUCACAUGCAAGUACAAGAAGAAGAGACUGCAGCUACACCGCCAAACAGUCCCAACCCUAAGUCAUCAUUGAAAACCACCCCUAAGGAAGAAGUGCCGCAAGACGAUGAGAGUUAACUAAAAAAUAUAACCAAAAUAUAGGGGAACAAUUAGGGAAACUUAAAAAUGAAAAUCUCUUAAUUAUUUCCGGAACUUGGUAUUUUAUUAGUUUCAUGCUGAGUAGGUUACAGUUUAAAUAUUUCUGUGUGACACAUGAAACAAGGUUCCUGUAUCUUAAAUUUAAAGAUGGAAAAACCAACUCAAUUCUUUAUUCCUAUGACAAACUUUUCCAAGUAAUUUCUCAUUGCUGUACUGCUCAGAACUGUUGCAAUACUCCUUGCAAAUCAGUGUUGCACAAUAUUGGCUUAAGAGGAAUUGGGGAAGGGUCAAUGGAUGUACAUGUAUGGGUGACUUUUGACCAAGGAGUUUCUUGAAAAUGAUAUCUUUAAGGUAGUCAAACUGACAAGUAUUUCGCGGGUGAAUCCCCAAUUCAUAUCCCAGCAUAGCUGCAAAGUAACCUUACGCAAAAAGGAAAAUCUUGCAGCUAUUAAUCCAUCCAGUAACCAAAACUCAUUGAGGUAUUAUCAGACUUUACGUAUGUAGUUGCUAAACCUUAUAAUGAAUUCUUAAAAUGCCAAUUUCUAUAAUUGAUUUUAUGUGGUAGAAGUAGAUUGAGAAAACGUGAUAGAAAUUCUAAGAGGUAGUUUCAGAACCCUAAGUUAACCAAAUAGUGUCAUACGUCUUAUCAAUGUUUCCAUUUCAGACUAAAUGUCAUUCACUUGAGAAUAAGAUUCUGGGAUCAUUUUGCAUCCAUAUUUAUGUAUCUUCUCAAAAGAAAAGAAAUAUUACUCAAGGGAAUGACACAUUGUCUGUUAUUGAGGUCCAAAAUGUCAGGUGUAACUAUUUGUUAAUUAAUUCUGUUGCAAAAUAAAACAACAUCGAUGAUGGCUAACAUACAUAAUAAAACACACAUACAUGAAUUAUAUUAGACGUGCACAGUUUAUUUCGGUUAAUUAAGUAUAAGACAUCUAAUAGCUGUUGCUUAGCAACCUGAAGAUUUAAUGUUACCUUGUUUAAUGUUACCAUGUUACCUCUCUAAUCAAUGAAAAGGAAAUAAAUAGAAUCCAACCAAUUCCA